AUGUAGGCUUUGUUGGUUCGGGCCACUUGAACUGUGAGCAAGAGGAAACUGCAGCCCACCUGGGCGGCUCUCACCCUGACACCCUCAGCAGGAAACAAGAUAAAACAACUUCUUAUGGAUAAGCCUGGACAUGUAGGUGUCAAAGUGGGUGUUCAGACCAGAGGCUGUAAUGGCCUUUCCUACACUCUGGACUAUGCAAAGACAAAAGGAGAUUCUGAUGAAGGAGUUCAAGAGGGAGUCAGAGUGCUCAUCGAGAAGAACGCAGAACCAACACUUUCAGGAUCCGAAAUGAACUAUAUUGAAAACACACUAUCCAGUGCGUUUGUCUUCAUCAACCCAAACAUCAAAGGAACGUGUGGCUGUGGAGAAAGCUUUAACGUGUGA